UAGAAAACAGCACCGCGCGCGGCUUACGUACCCCAAGUCCUUACACAAUUCUUUCUUUUUAAUUAUUCCCACUCUCUUCAGCAACCCCUAUAUACACCAACUCUAUACCCACCCCUCUUUCGACUCCAUUUUUCUUUUAACAAACUCUGUGUGUGUCCGCCUCUUCCUUCACAUUGCCAUGGCAGAGAAACAACCCCACUUGAACGGAGCCUACUACGGCCCUUCAGUCCCGCCACCCAGCCGAUCCUACCACAGCCAGGGCCACGACGGAGGGUGCGGCUGCUGCGGCUGCCUUUUGAAACUCAUCGGCGGCGUUGUUGUCGUUGUAGGCCUUGCGGUGCUCAUCUUCUGGCUCGUCUUCCGCCCCAACAGGAUCAAGUUUCAAGUCACCGAUGCCUCGCUCACCCAGUUCAACUUCACCACCACCACCAACAUGCUCUACUACAAUCUCGCUCUCGACGUCACCAUCAGAAACCCAAACAAAAAGAUCGGCAUAUACUACGAUCGCAUCGAAGCCAACGCUUUCUACGAGGACCAGAGGUUUGGCACGGACGCGUUGACCCCGUUUUACCAAGGCCACAAGAACACGACCGUUCUAACUCCGGUGUUUAAAGGGCAACAGUUUGCUUUGCUUGGAGCUAAUGAGCUUUCCGUGCUUAAUUCGGAGAAGAAUCUUGGGGUUUUUGAUAUUCAUGUUAAGCUCAAUCUCCGGGUUAGAUUUAAGUUGGGCAAGGUCAAGACAUGGAGGAUGAAGCCCAAGAUCAAUUGCGACUUGAAGGUUCCUUUGAGUUCUAAUGGAAUAUCAGUUGUUGGUUUCGAGACUACCAAGUGCGACAUCGGUUUCUGAUCAUUUUGAGUCUUGUUCAUGUUUUUUUUUUUUUUUUUUGAUUUUCUAUUAUGUUGAUGUCUUCAUGAUGGUUUGGGUGUUUUUUUUCCCUGGUGGGUGAGGUACUGAUGCCUACGUUUUUCUUUCAUACUAUGUCAUAUAUAUAUUAUGGUUUUUUCUUUUCAUGUAUUUUUGUUUCUUACUUUUUUGUAAAUAAAUAAAGAGUACAAUUAAUAUUUAUUCCCA